UCUAGAACAAGUUAGAGAUUGAAAAAAAUUAAUAGUACAGAUUGGGUUCCAGUUUGGUGUGGGGAUAGCAAUGAAUCAAAGUUUGAAGUAUCAAAAUUGCCUGAUAAGUAUGUAGUUGACAUAAAGCAGUGUACAUGCUUUUGUGGAUCAUGGGACCUAACUGGGAUUCCUUGUGCACAUUCUAUAGCUGCGUUGGGAUAUAUGGGUCACAUAAUUGAAGAUUAUGUGCGUCGUUGCUAUAGUAUGGAUUCCUUAACCCAGACUUAUGGGUCAUGUAUAUACCCUAUUAGUGGUCCUAAGUUGUGGCCACGGAGUGACAGAGAAACCAUACUCCCUCCUAAAAAAAUAAGACAAGGGGGAAGGCCUAAAAAGAAGAGAAAGAAAGAACUUGGUGAGCUAAACAAUCCAUAUAAGAUAAAGAGGAGAAUCAGUCAUGUUAAAUGUUGCCAAUGUGGGACAGUAGGCCAUAACAAGAGAAGGUGCAAUCCCACUACUCAGGCUAGCAAACAACUACGAGUGAGAGAGCCAAAUGUAACAGCACACAAUUUGGAAAACCAAGAACAUAGGACAUCUUCAAGCCAUGUAGAACCUACUAAUAGGGCAACACUGCCAUUGCAAACAAGUGAGGAAGCAUAUGCAAGUCAGCAUAGUCAAAAAAUACCUGUUAAGAAAAGAAAUGUCACAACACAGAGUCAGCCAACACCCAAUGUGAAGGAGUACAUCGAAGUCAACCAACAUCUCAGGUUGGACCUAAUGAAGUUACAAGAAAUUAUAGUUUUGGAGUGUUAGUAUAGUCAAUGGUUGCUGCAAGUGAGACUUCAAAAAGAAUUACAAAAUUUUAUAAGAAUGCACAAGGGCAAAAGUGAACAACAUUUCUUGUGGUUAAAUGUGUAGAAGUGAAGGUGCUU